CAUUGUUAUGAAUCACAAUGGCACAGGUCAUCUGUGGGUUAUAAAGGCAGCCUGGAGCCCUGUUGCUACAGUGUGACAAAAAUCAGCCAACACAAUGGGAAAGAUCAUCUUCUAUGAGGACAGAAACUUUCAGGGCCGCUCCUAUGAAUGCAGCGGCGAAUGCUCUGACCUGCACUCCCACUUCAGCCGCUGUAACUCCAUCAGGGUGGACAGUGGAGCCUGGAUGGUCUACGAGAAACCCAACUACAUGGGCUACCAGUACUUCCUGAGGAAGGGGGACUAUUCAGACUACCAGCGCUGGAUGGGAUUCAACGACUGUGUUCGAUCCUGCCGUAUGAUCCCCAUGCACCAAGGAUCUCAUAAGAUGAUGAUCUACGAGCGCCCAGACUUUGGACGGCAGAUGAUGGAGCUCACUGAUGACUGCCCUUCUCUCUAUGAGCGGUUCCAUUUUAACGACGUACUCUCCUGCAACGUGAUGGACGGCCAGUGGCUGUUCUACGAGCAUCCUCAUUACAGGGGGCGCCAGUACCUGCUGCUCCCAGGUCAGUACAGGAGUUUUCAAGAGUGGGGAAGCAUAAACCCCAGGGUAGGAUCGAUCAGACGUAUCACAAUGUAAGAAAGUGGAUGUAUAAAGUGUUGUGCGCGUAAAAUACUAGAAAUAAAGUCAAUAAACCUAA